AUCCUGUCAAAGGACCAAUCAGGCAAUCACUGUUCUCAUAAGAUCUUAUACAUAAUUAGUGAUGAACCAAUCGAAUAUUUCGAAUUUAAUUAGUUACCAAAUACAUUUUCCGACAUAUCCGAUAAUGACGAUUUUAAAGAAAUAAAUCUAAUAGAUUUUAAUUAAAACGUCUAAGUGGAUUUGACUAAACAAAGUGAUCCUAAACGCUUCUAUAUAAACACUCCUUCGUUCCUUAAUACACCAUCUCAUAUCCAAAACCUAAUCUCUCCCUCGGUUCUGUAAUUCGCUAACACACUCAUCCCACAAAUGACUACUUCCAACGGCGAGAAAAGCUUGAUCGUUUCCUUCGGCGAGAUGCUCAUCGACUUCGUCCCCACCGUCUCCGGCGUUUCCCUCGCCGAGGCUCCUGGCUUCAUCAAGGCCCCCGGUGGCGCACCUGCCAACGUCGCCAUCGCCGUUUCCCGUCUCGGCGGUCGCGCUGCUUUUGUCGGAAAGCUAGGUGACGACGAGUUUGGUCACAUGCUCGCCGGAAUCUUGAAACAAAACGGCGUCUCUGCCGAAGGUAUCAACUUCGAUACUGGAGCUAGGACGGCGCUUGCGUUCGUGACGCUUAGAUCCGAUGGAGAACGUGAGUUCAUGUUUUACCGGAACCCUAGCGCCGACAUGCUCCUCCGUCCUGAUGAACUCAAUCUUGAUCUCAUCAAAUCUGCUAAGGUGUUUCACUAUGGAUCAAUAAGCCUCAUCGUUGAGCCAUGUAGAUCUGCACACCUGAAAGCCAUGGAGGUAGCUAAAGAAUCCGGUGCGUUGCUCUCGUACGACCCAAACUUGAGGCUGCCAUUGUGGCCCUCGAAGGAGGAGGCUAAGAAGCAGAUUCUUAGCAUUUGGGACAAAGCUGAAGUGAUCAAAGUCAGCGAAGAAGAGCUUAUGUUCUUGACUGGGUCUGAUAACGUUGAUGAUGAGACUGCUUUGUCUCUGUGGCAUUCUAACUUGAAGCUUCUCUUGGUCACUUUGGGUGAAAAGGGUUGUAACUAUUACACCAAGAGCUUCCGUGGAUCUGUUGAUCCUUUCCAUGUGAACGCGGUGGAUACAACCGGUGCUGGUGAUUCAUAUGUUGGUGCCUUGCUUUGUAACAUUGUUGACGACCGCUCUGUUCUGGAGGACGAAGCUCGUCUUAGAGAAGUGCUUAGGUUUGCGAACGCAUGUGGAGCCAUUACGACUACAAAGAAAGGAGCUAUUCCAGCUCUUCCUACAGAAUCCGAGGUUCAGAGUCUCCUGAAUGGAAACUAAUCUAGGAGUCUAGGACAUGUCUGGUCUUAGAAAUUCACGUUUUUUUUUUUUCUCCCUUUUGUUUUCGUUCAGUAUUCAGAGAACAGUUUGAUUCUGUUAAGUGUUUUCUAUUUUGAGUGACUUUCAUAAAUUAAAACUCAUUACCAAGUUUAGUGAACGA